AUGGAGUGGGCAACAGAGAGGGUUGGGCUGCUUCUUGGAUGUAGUAAAAGGGAAAGGCCAAAAGAUGUAUUCCUACCCAAGUUGAGAUUUGGUGAUGCAAACGGACAUAUCAGUAACACAAACGUGUUUGAGCAUUCAGGGAAGGUGUAUGUCAUCACAGAAAAUUACAUUCCUCAAGAGUUAAACAUUUCUACCUUGGAAACUUAUGAUGAUUGGGAUGUCAAUGAUGCUUGGAAUCGACCAUUCACUAGCCAUCCAAAGAAAGAUCUAGUGACAGGAGAGCUAGUCAUUAUGGGGUUUGAUGCAACGAAACCAUUUUACGACAUUUUUGUUCACUCAGCUGAUGGAACUAAGCUUUCUCAUAAGGCUGAUUUGAAGUUUGAUAGGGGUAUUUUUAGCCAUGAAAUUGGAGUUACGCAGAAGUACAAUGUAAUAAUGGAUUGUGCGAUUACAGCUGACUUUAACAGACUUCUCAGUGGUGGACUAUUUGUAAAGUAUGAAAAUGAAGGACGUUCAAGAAUAGGAGUGAUCCCUCGUUAUGGAAAUGCAAAUUCAGCAAAAUGGUUUGAAGUAAAACGUCACUGCUCAUUACACCCGAUCAACCGCUUUGAGGAUGGUCACGAGGUUGUUGUGAGGCAAUGUAGAUCUUUCCAACCUAUCCUACUAGGUCCUAAUUGUGGUCAAGACCGGUUUGAGUGGUUCACAAGGGGAUUUACGUUCGAAAAUUUGACUGAAAAAAAUCCUUAUAAUUUGACACAAGAUGGAUUUCUUUUUACUCAUUCAUAUGAAUGGAGACUAAACAUGGAAACUGGAGAGGUUAAGGAGAGAAAUCUUUCUGGUACAGACUUUUCCAUCGACUUCCCUGUGAUCGAUGAGAAAUAUACUGGUUUAAAACACAAGUAUGGCUUUACCCAGGUGAUAGACUCUACAACAAGUUCAAUAGCUGGCCUUCCUAAAUAUGGUGGUCUAGCAAAGCUACACCUUGAUGAGCCACAAGCUCCCCCCAAGCCUACAGAGCUGGUAGAAGUGAAGUACCAUAGGCUUGCAGAAAACAACUUUUUCAGUGGAACUGUGUUUGUUGCUAAGCAUAGAGCUUGUGAAGAAGAUGAUGGUUGGCUUGUCUCUUUUGUCCACAAUGAGGAGACUAAUAAGACUCGAGUUCAUAUAAUUGAUGCAAAGAAGUUGGAAAGCGGAACAGUUGCCAAAAUUGCACUGCCACAGAAGGUGCCAUAUGGUUUUCAUGGAACUUUUGUGCCAAUUCUAUACAUACAUAUAUAUUACUUCUAA